UUCCUCAUCGCCUGAUUGCGAUCUCGUUUUCCUCCAUCUCUCAGAGCCCGCUCACUACUAGCGGGUUGAAAAUAAGAAUCUUUGCGCACUUAAAUCUUUGGUAGAGGGCAACCAUGGUUAACUUCACCGUUGACGAGAUGAGGGCCCUUAUGGACCAGCCGACAAACAUCCGGAACAUGAGUGUCAUUGCUCACGUCGAUCACGGAAAAUCGACAUUGACAGACUCUCUUGUGUCGAAGGCUGGUAUUAUUGCUGGCAACAAGGCCGGUGAAUUGCGUUUCACCGAUACACGAGACGACGAAAAGGAACGUGGUAUUACCAUCAAGUCUACAGCCAUUUCUAUGUACUUCCAGCUGAGCAAAGACGACGUCACUGCCGUAAAACAAAAGACUGAAGGAAACGAGUUUUUGAUCAACCUUAUUGAUUCCCCUGGUCACGUCGAUUUCUCCUCGGAGGUCACUGCUGCCUUACGUGUUACGGAUGGCGCCCUGGUUGUGGUGGACUGCAUCGAGGGUGUCUGCGUACAGACCGAAACUGUACUUCGACAGGCCCUCACUGAACGUAUCAAGCCGGUUGUCGUCAUUAACAAGGUUGAUCGUGCGCUGCUGGAAUUGCAGGUCGACAAGGAGGCUCUCUUCCAAACCUUUUCGCGGACUAUCGAGAGUUGCAAUGUCAUUAUCUCAACGUACCACGAUGUCGCCCUCGGUGAUGUCCAGGUUUAUCCUGAGAAGGGUACUGUUGCUUUUGGUUCGGGUUUGCACAGCUGGGCGUUUACCCUUCGUCAAUUCGCUGCGCGUUAUGCGAAGAAGUUUGGGGUAGACAAGGAUAAGAUGAUGGUCAAGCUUUGGGGUGACAAUUUCUUCAACCCUGCCACAAAGAAAUGGACCACUAAUCCGAAGAACGAGGGUGGAAAGGACCUCGAGCGCGCAUUUAAUAUGUUCGUCUUGGACCCUAUUUACAAAAUUUUUGACAAGGUGAUGAACUUCAAGAAAGACGAGGUUUGGGGAAUGCUCGACAAGUUGGAAGUCAAGCUUCUUCAGGAAGAAAAGGACUUGGAAGGCAAGCCGUUGCUUAAGGUCAUCAUGCGCAAAUUCUUGCCAGCUGGUGACGCUCUUCUGGAGAUGAUUGUUAUUCACCUCCCGUCCCCCUCCACGGCUCAGAAGUACCGCGUCGAAACCCUAUACGAAGGACCCAUGGAUGACGAAUCCGCCAUUGGAAUUCGUGAUUGCGAUCCCAAGGGACCUCUUGUUCUUUAUGUUUCCAAGAUGGUGCCGACUUCGGAUAAGGGUCGCUUCUACGCUUUUGGACGCGUCUUCUCUGGUACUGUUCGUGCCGGUCCAAAGAUUCGCAUACAGGGUCCCAAUUUCAUCCCCGGCUCCAAAACCGACUUGUUCGUUAAGUCCGUCCAACGUACCGUGCUCAUGAUGGGCCGUUAUGUAGAGCCUAUCGAGGAUUGUCCAGCUGGGAACAUCGUCGGUCUUGUUGGCAUCGACCAGUUCCUUCUGAAGUCGGGUACCCUCACUACUAGCGAGACAGCGCACAACAUGAAGGUCAUGAAGUUCUCCGUCUCUCCCGUUGUCCAGGUCGCCGUCGAAGUAAAGAGCGCGCAAGAUUUACCAAAGCUUGUCGAAGGCCUUAAGCGCCUGUCCAAGUCGGAUCCUUGCGUGCAGACCUGGAUAUCGGAGAACGGUGAGCACAUCAUUGCUGGUGCUGGCGAGUUGCACUUGGAAAUUUGUUUGAAGGAUCUCGAGGAAGAUCACGCCGGUGUUCCAUUGAAGAAGUCAGACCCUGUCGUCGGUUAUUGUGAGACUGUGAAAGCGGAGUCGUCAAUAGUCGCCUUGUCUAAGUCACAAAACAAGCACAACCGCAUGUACGUGAAGGCUCUUCCUCUGGACGAGGAAGUCACUCAGGCCAUCGAGUCCGGAAAAAUCGCGCCUCGUGACGAUUUUAAAGCCCGAGCUCGUAUCCUUGCCGACGAGUUCGGCUGGGACCUUACGGAUGCUCGCAGGAUCUGGUGCUUCGGACCUGAUACUACUGGUCCCAACCUUUUGGUUGAUAUUACGAAAGGUGUGCAGUACCUCAACGAAAUUAAGGAUUCUUGUGUCGCUGCUUUCCAAUGGGCAACAAAGGAAGGUGUCUGCGCAGAAGAGAAAAUGCGUGGUGUUCGUUUCAACAUCCUUGAUGUGACAUUGCAUGCUGAUGCUAUCCAUCGUGGUGGCGGUCAGAUCAUCCCGGUCUGCCGUCGCGUGUGCUAUGCUGCUUGUUUGCUUGCCACUCCAGGCAUUCAGGAACCUAUAUAUCUUGUCGAAAUUCAGUGUCCCGAAAAUGCUAUUGGUGGUAUUUACGGUGUACUAAACAGAAGGCGUGGUCAGGUAUUCUCUGAAGAGCAGCGUCCUGGAACACCGAUGUUCACUGUUAAAGCUUACCUCCCUGUCAUGGAAUCAUUCGGUUUUACAGAGGCUCUCCGAAGCGCCACACAAGGACAAGCCUUCCCGCAAUCCGUCUUCGACCAUUGGGAUCUGAUGAGCGGAUCCCCUCUUGAUAAGGGCAGCAAGCUCGAAGAGCUGGUGACGAAGAUUCGCACACGUAAAGGUCUCAAGCCCGAGAUUCCAACUGUCGACACAUAUUACGAUAAAUUGUAAGCGCUCGUUGUACAAUCGACCCAUCAUGUAUGAGAAGAAUGUUGGCAAAUUCAUCCCAAACCUUACGUGUUGUGCAUUUCUAUGUUUCAACUGCCAUUUGUGUAUUUUCGCGCACGAAUCAAAUUCUUCUCUUCUCGAACCUACCCAUUUCUUCUCUAGCAAAACUAGAAAAGCGCUCGUGCAUGGUGCAAACAUCUACGCAAAAUUCCACAUUUUAUUCUUGGCUCCAUGAUUCAAUAAACUGCGUAUUAAAGUUUGUAAUGUUACUCACCCAAAUCUCUGCCAGUUUUUAUGGUCUGAUUUCCGCUGGAGAGGGUUGAAGUGGGA